AUGGGAGGCGCAUCGGGGACGACGACGAAGAAGAAGAAGACAAAAUCGACGUCGAAUAAUGCGAACAACACUUCCUCGACCUCGUUGGUCCCGGCGACAAUCCUCCAGCGCUUCUGGGACUUGGCGUCGACCGAUGCGGAGACGAGAUGCACCGCCGCCGCCUCUCUUUCGGAAGAACUGUUUUUGGUGCAAAACAAUACCACGAGUAGUAUUACGAAUGACGAUGAUAAAAACAACGUUGAGCUCGACGCGGUGGUUGAAUAUUCCAUGAAACGUUUAACGCGAGGUCUCGGGUCUGGACGCGCCGGGGCGAGGCAAGGGUUCGCGGUGGCGUUUACGAGCGCGAUGACGCAUCUGGAUGCGAUUUCCGUGGAAGAUGGAUUUCGAUUUCUGAAGGAAGGAUUGGAACCAAUCACGAAGAGCACGAAAGGAUCGGAAGCGAGAGAUAUUUUGAUCGGACAAUUAUUCGGGAACGCGGCGCUGGCGAGAGCGCUGGUGGCCAAGGAAGUGUCCUUGGAAGCGAAGAAGAAGAAAAAGGAGAUGAUGAGUGGUAGUGGUAGUAGUAACAACAACAACAAGCGAAAAAAAUGGACGACGCCGGAGGAAGAGCGAGAACGAAUCGUCGAUUUGAGUUCCCAAUUGUUCGCGGAGAUUUGUAGGAUUAGCAACACGAAAGCGUAUUUGAGCGAAAGCGCGGCGAAAGUUAUGAUUGAACUCGCGCUGAGUUUGAGUAAACAAGAGGAAGGGUUGCACGAGAAAGAUCCGUUUCGAUUGGCGAGGGAGGCGCUGGAGAAGUGUCCGCAAGCGCAGGCGUGGGUGAGUCGAGACGUGACAGACGUCGGAGAGCAGAGUGGGAAAACAACGAUUGAAACCGUGUGGUUGGCGUAUAGUUUGUACGAAUGCUUACCGGCGAGGUGUAAGGAAGCGCAGAGCGUCGUGCCUAAAUUUUCUUCCUCUUCAUCUUCUGCGAAAGAGGAUUCGUUUUUCGCGUACGAGAAUUUGAAGAAAGUGAGUCACGCUUUGGCGGAGUGUCCGCACGCGCACCCGAGGGUGCACCCUAUUUGGGAGAUUUUAUGCGAAGCGUGUAGAAGUAAUAGCGAUGACGAUAAAAAAGGAGGAAACAAAGCGGGAGCGACGACGAAAAUAUCAGCAGGAAGCAACUUGACUCGAUUGGAGGCGUUGUGGGAGACGUGUUGCGAGAACGGGUUGUUUACAGCGCCAUCGCAUCAGAGAAAGUACCUCGGGUUUCGCAUAUUUUCGAUGCUGUUGCGAAACGCGACGGCAUCGGAGACUGCGAAGUUGUUCACGUCGCCAAACUUUAUUAAAUGUUUAGUUUCAAACUGCGCCAAACCGGAGAAUUAUUUACACGCUUGCAGCACGGAUUGCUUGAAAGCCAUCGCGAGGUGCGCGAAACAUUCAGAAACGAGCGCAAAGAAACGCGUGGCGAUCGUGGCGGCGUUGAGAAAGGUUGGCAUUCACAGAUUUGAGAAGCAGUUGGCGAAAUCGAGUGGGAUUUCCACGUUAUUGGCUGGAUUAACGAGAGAGGAAGCGAAAGCGUAUUGCGAAGAGUUGAGAGAAACAAUCUUGGAGAAAUCAGAUUUGGCGACACAAGACGAGAGUGACGACGAGAACGAAAACGAUGAUAACGACGAGGAGAAGAAAAAGAAAAGCAGUCGCGAUUUCAAACGGUUAUGGGCGCUAGAACAAAUGUGUUCGAUUACGUCGGCAUUAUCGCCGAACGAUCGUUUGGACGUUUUGCAUUUUUGCUUGUUCCACGCGUUCUAUUCCACGUCCAAGAAACAACUGCCAAAGACAGUCUUGGGUAAAAACAUAGAAGAUUGUCCCGAUGUGCUCAGAAGAGCACUUUCGACGCGUUUACUUGGCAUCUUAUUGACGAACAUUCGAUCGCGCGGACGCACGCAACAGCAGAAAAAGCAACAAAGUCAAAAUACUAAGAACGGUAAAAAUCAUAUAGAUAAAGGCAACGAAGCAAACGAAGAGGACGAGGAAGAAGAAGAAAAAUUCGAUGCGCUCUCGGAAGCGUGCGAAGCGGUGUUAAAAUUCGACGCCGACGCUUCGGUGACGGACGUUAUUCCGAAUAGCGCGCGAGCGAAAGAGGCCCGCAAAAAUCUUGCGAAUGCUUUGAAACUCUGCGAAAAAAAGCAAAAAGCCGACGAAAGCGGUGUCGCGACGUCGAUUAUUCCGCUGCUUAAAACUUUAAUCGUUUUACACGCGUCUGAUCCGAAGCAGUUCACGUCGAUCGUCGAGGAUAUUCCUCGAUGCGUCGAAGAGCUUCUCCAGCCGCCGAAGAAGAAAAAGACAACCAAGAAAAAAUCGACGAAGAAAACACUGGAGGAGGACGAAGAGGAAGAGCACGAUUUGGAGCCGAUGGACGUUCUCAACGAUUUAUUGAUUGCAUUUCUCGCGCAACCGUCCGCGUUAUUGCGCGACGUCACCGAACGUACUUUUAAAGGCGUGUCUGGGAAAAUCACCGAUCGAGGUAUCGAAGAUAUUCUCAACGUCGUGGAGAACAUGGGUGCCGGGAAGCGCGGCGACGAGAACGACGAUGAGAAUGACGAUGAGGAUGACGACUCCGACGAUGAAGAUAUGCUCGAAGAAGAAGACGACUCUGACAACGACGACGACGACGAUUCCUCGAGUAGCGAUGAUGAUUCAGACGAAGACGACGAUGAGAACGAUUCAGACGCUGGUAUGGACACGGAAGCGAACGAAGGCGCGAUUGAAGCCAUUCGCAAAGCCGCACUGAAAAUUCAAGAAGAUGACGACAACUCCGACGAUUCCGACUCGGAUGAUUUUACGGACGAACAAAUGUUUGCCACCGAUAAACUUCUCGCCGACGCAUUCAGAGCGAAAAGACAGGAGCUUUCGCGCAAGAAAGCUUUGAAAGUUGCCGCUGCAGAUUUCAAGUUUCGAGCUUUAUCGCUUCUCGAACUCUUUGCAAAGUCGCAGCCGAGCUCAAAGUUUCUUCCUGAAAUCAUCGUUCCACGGUUACUCAGCGCCUCUAGAAACGCUCGAAUACGGUUUAAGAGUAACCCGAUGGAAAAAUCGUUCUUGGAACUCGCGCAAAGAAUCGAUAGCGUCUUGACGAAACACGCGUGCAAACACGCAGCGAUGGUUACCGGUACGAGAAAAGAUAUUCACGAAAUCUUGACACAGUUGAUCGAUGUCGCCGAUAAUGGCGCUGGGGCUGGACGCGAUAGCGACGCGGCGAAAGGUUUUGCGAAGACUGCUGCCGUAGCGUGCGCAUAUAUCGCCAAAGUCAUGGAGAGUAACGGCGACGGCGAAAGCGCCGCUGAGAUUUACAAAACGGCAAUCACGGAAAAGUUUGAAAAGAAAACCAGUCGAUUGCGCGCGCCGUUUUUUGCCGAGCUCAUAAAGCUUUCUCCGAACGUGUUGGCAUCGUCUUCCAAAGAACUCGCUUCGUUGUGCGAUUUAGGCGAUAGCGCUCGCGCGCAGUUCUUGCGGCAAGAGUCGUUACAACUGCUCUUUCAAAUCUUUUCCUGUAAGCAAAGAGACUCGUCGAUUCCUUCCGCGGAAGAAGUGAACUCGAUGUGUGAGAUAUCGCUGGCGAACGCCGUCAAAGCAGACGUCGAAAACCAAAGUCGACGCGCAGACACUUCCAAGAUGUGCGCAAACGUUUUCGAAGCGAUUGGACGCCACGCCGAAGGUUUUGUGUUUUCACAAAAAGCCAAAGCGGCGAUUGAGAACGCCAUCGAAACGCAAAAAGAAAGAGCGCCGCAACCGAGUCAAAAGACUGUUCAAGCGUUAGAACGCAUCGCGAAAGCGCUCGAUGAUGCGAAAAAAACGAACAGUAGUACUAACGAUGAAGGCAAGAAGAAACGAAAAAGUUCCAUCGCCGGGGAUGAUGAUCACGACGAAAGAGAGAAAAAGAAGAAGAAAAAGAAGGCGCUCAAGAAGUGA